AUGGAUCGAUUUCGAAAAGGGGUGAAGGGGUUUACGUGCCACCAUAUAGGUCGGCUGGAAUGCGAAACGAGGUGCAAGAAAAAAAGUGUCGAAUAUCAGAAGCUGACAUGGGAUGCUCUACGUAAGAGUAUUAAUGGUCUUUUAAACAAGGUUAAUGUCACGAAUAUAAAGAAUGUUAUCCUGGAAUUGUUUUCGGAGAAUCUCGUUCGAGGAAAAGAACUUCUCGCUGUUUUGUUGGAGAAUCCGACUGCUGAUAGCGUUGAGGUAGCUGUGGGUUUUGUCACGGAGUGCGGAUCAAUGCUUCAGGACUUGUCACCAAAAGGCCUGGAUGCAGCUUUCGAGCGAUUCCGUGGAAUUCUUCAUGAAGGAGAGAUUGAUAAGCGGGUCCAGUUUUUGAUUGAAGGCCUUUUUGCCAUAAGAAAAGCCAGAUUUCAGGGAUAUCCUGCUGUUUGUCCUGAACUAGACCUCAUAGAGCAGGAAGAUCAAUCGACGCAUGAGAUAUCUCUGCGAGAGGAGAUCGACACAGAGAUCACCUCUGAUAUAUUCAAACCAGAUCCUCUUUUUGUAGAGAAUGAGAGGCGUUAUGAAUUAUUAAAGAAAAGCAUUCUAGGGGAGGAGUGCGAUGAGGAAGUUGUUUCUGAUACUGUUUCUGAUGAUGAGGAGGAGGAGGAUUAUGAGGAGGAAUCUGAGGACGACAAAGAACGAAACCUAGAUUUUGAGGAGGCUGGACACAAGUUAAUGAAACUUAAACUAGAGCCAGGACAAGAGAUGGAGCUUUGCAAUAUGAUCUUGGAAUGCUGCAUCCAAGAAGGAACUUACCGUCGCUACUAUGGCCUUUUGGGGCAGCGUUUAUGCAUGAUCAGCGGUGUCUACCAGGAAAAUUUUGAGAAGUGUUUUGUUCAACACAAAGAUGCACUGCCUUGGCAUGUCUUAGCCUAUAUACGGUUAACUUUGGAGGACACCACUUCUUCUUCUCGUAUAUUUAUCAAGUCUCUCUUCCAAGAAUUGGAGCAGCACCUUGGCCUUCGCAAGCUGAAUGAGCGUCUCAGCGAUCCCUCAUUGCAGGAUUCACUUGCAUCCAUUUUCCCUAAAGACGAAAUAAAAAACAUGCGGUUUUCCAUCAACUUCUUCACGGCCAUUGGUCUUGGUGGCAUUACGGAAACUCUACGCAAGUACUUGAAUACAAUGAAGCAGCAAAAACAUUUCUCAGAAUUCGAAUCUGAACCAGAUGACAAAUCUAUCAGAAGAGCUGCUUCGUCAGAUUCUGACUUUGAUAGUUCCAAAUUGGAGGUAGAUUCAUUAAAAGCUGACAGAAAGGCAGCAAGCAAGAAGCGAACCAGGAGAGGUGGAGGUGACGAAAGACACACGAAGCAGAGUAAGAGAGAAGUUAUUUCCGCUAGAGAUGAGAAAACUCCCUGCAUGAGAACCGCUCGUCUGCAGCUCCCACCUGCAAGAAAACCUCCUGUGAUGGAGAAAGCAUAUGAUAGUGGACAUGAAAACGAAAUUAUGAACAAAAGCAGUGUCACCCAAAGUCUAUCAUUCAUCAAAUUUUCUCCUACAAACCUAAAAAACCAAGCCACACUCCAUCAAAUCAUCCACAAAAACACAAAUAAUUAA